AUGUCCUACGCACCUAACUUGGAUACGGCGUUCAGUGUUUUCAAGUUCUGUUCGAUCGCCGAACUGAAUGACUACAUGAAUAAUGAAAGUAAACUCGACGAGGUCAUCCGUGAUCUACCUCAGGCAAGUUUUUCUAGAGUUAACCGAAUAUAUUUGGCACGACCGCAGAAUCCUUCACCUCGAUUCUUCAAGCAGAUGAAAGGAUGGCAAGACGAGAAAGCCAUGUUGCUGGCGACAAACAAAUCCCUGGCAGAGAAAAAUUGUAAACAUGAGCCAAGGUUGAACGAGUUGAAGAAGGAGCUCGAAAUCAAGAGCAUUUCCGCACAGGCAAUGCUGAUUGAACUUUCGGAGAAACAGUUCGUCAUUGAACGUGCUGGAGGCGUAAAGUCACCUGAUGCGAUCCUGGACUUGCUUCAGUCCGAGUACUCGUCGCUGGAAGAAAGCAGUGAAGAUUUGGCGCAGAGAUUCCUCAGCUCAGAUUACACCCCGGAAGCCUUCCUCGAUGAGUAUCUGAAACUACGGCGUCAAGUGCACUCGAAACGCGUCAAAGUGGACAAGUUGAAAGAACUGAUGAGGAACCGACGUGUGAGCACGGGCUCCUUGUCAUCGCUGAAUCCGUUACCUGUUCGAGCUGCACCUCCUCCACCUCAACCCGGUUACCCACCGUAUCCACUGCCGAGUUAUCGUCCAUGA